UAUUCUCCCUGCCGGGCGUCGCUCUGCGCCCUGUGCUUGGGAGAGGCUGGGCCCAAUUCAGUUGGUACAAUCUCGCUCUCUCCUAGUGUGGAUUACAGGUAUUCAUAUGAAGAGCAACCAUUCCCCCCAAAUAUGCAAAUUAAAGGGGCAUGGCCAAGGCCGGUGUAACCACUAGGCAAACUAGGUGGCCACCUAGGGCGCCAAGAUUUGGGGGUGCCAAAAAGCGAGCCCGGAGGCAGUGGGGCUUGGCGAGAAAACGGGCGGCUGCCUCGGCUCAGCCUCCACACUCAGCCCCAGCGGGGGGCACGGAGAGCGUGUUCACCCCCCCCCCCCCGAGAACAAAAGAGCCUCGCGUGGCAGCCUGGCAGAGGAAGAGGAUGCUGGUGUGUUGGCCAAGUUAAACCAUUGAGUGAAACUAGAUGGGAAAGUCAAAUUGAUGCCUUGAAACCUCUUCACUAUCAGCUUGGUGACAUCUAUGAUGCUCUGAUAGAGAUCUAUGAUGAUACUACUCUAACAGGAUCAUCUGGCAGUACGUCACGAGUUGAUGCAAAAGAUCUUGCAAAAGCCAUUUCUAGUUUCAAGUUUCUUAUUUCUCUUGUUGUGUGAUAUGACAUAUUGUUUGAGAUCAACAUGAUUAGCAAACAACUUCAGGCGAAAGAAUUUGACAUACGUGACGCCGUUAAUCAACUUGGAGAAACCAAGAAGUUUCUUGUGGGCCACAGAAGUGAUGCAGACUUUGAGCAAACAUUGGUAGAUGCAGGUGAACUUGCAGAGGAGUUGGAUGUACCAUCACUUUUUGAACCAGAUCCAAUCCGUAUUAGAAAAAAGAGGAAGCAGUUCACAUGUGAAGCAGAUGAUGAGCCUGUUUAUAAUCCAAAAGAAAAAUUCAAAGUGAACUUUUACUUUGCAGUCAUCAACACAGCAAUACAUUCGGUUGAAGAAAGAUUCAUAUUGAUGCAACAAAUUAGUUCAGUAUUUGGCUUCCUAUAUGAUGUUUACAGUUUGCAAAAUACAACACCAAAGCAAAUUAUGGAACACUGCUUGAAUCUGGAGCAAGCUUUGCAACAUGGUGAAUCCAAAGAUAUUGAUGCCUUUGACUUGUGCAAUGAAUUGCAAGCUAUUGCAAGACGAGUCCAAAAGAGUGCAUCACCGCAAGAUGGUUUGAACUUCAUAUGGAAAAAUAAGCUGACAAAUAGUGUCCCCAACACAGUUAUUGCUCUUCGCAUCCUCUUGACUCUCCCAGUUUCUGUGGCCAGUGGUGAGCGAAGCUUCUCGAAGCUCAAGUUGAUAAAAACAUACGUGCGAACAUCAGUGUUGCAACAAAGACUUGUUGGGCUAUCUACCUUGUCAACAGAACAUGACAUUGCUUGCAGCAUUGACUUAGAGGAACUUGUUUCUAAAUUUGCUGAACUGAAAGCAUGGAAAAAUAAAUUCUAAAUUAUAACGUGUUACUCCGUGACAGUGUAUUGUGUAUAAUGUAUGUGAUUUAUUUUAAGAUCCA